AAAAGGAGAUACGUUUCAACGCUUAGAGCUACAGAACGGCUCAGAAGUCGUGUCAAAAUUGUUUUCCAACGUGAAGAGGAAUUUUGAAGCAGUAACAAAAAGUCCGCAAUGAGGAAAUUAGGAUCCAGUCUUUUGAAUGCAGUGGCAUCGUUAUCAAUCCAUAGUCCAAAAUACCAUUCCAAGAGGUUAACAAGUAAAAACUUGAUUGUUUUUGCGCGCUGUAUUCAUGAUUCUGGCAACAAUCAAAAGCGACAACCAUGGAAUUAUGAUAAACUGUCCAAUUGGGGAUAUGAUAACAAAAGAGGACCAGAUACAUGGCAUAAGAAUUUUCCUGAGGGACUCGGACGCCAACAGUCUCCUAUUGACAUCCAGACAGACAAAGUCUGCUAUGACCCAGAACUUGCCAGCAACCCUCUACAGUUCAGCUAUGGUGUGUGUCAGGGAGCCAAGGUACACAACACAGGGCGGUCCCUGAAAAUUGACAUCAACCAGCAGUCAGAAGUAACUGGAGGUCCACUGAGGGAUAGGUUUCAUUUUGAACAGUUUCAUCUUCACUGGGGCUCCACUAAUAACAAAGGAUCAGAACAUACAAUCGAUGGCCAACUGUAUGCAGCAGAGUGGCACUUGGUCCAUUGGAAUCUGAAGUACGGCAAUUUUUUGGAGGCGGCGUAUCACCCUGAUGGUCUCUCCGUUGUGACCUACAUGGUGAAAGUUGGUUCUGAACAUGCUGAGUUUAAGAAGCUGACAGACGCUUGCUCUCGACUGGUGGAGGCUCAUACAUCAGUAGCACUGGAGGAGCCAUUUGAUGCCGCCAAGUUAUUGAAAGAUGACCUCACUAGAUACUGGACGUACCCAGGAUCACUGACCACACCCCCUCUGCUGGAAAGUGUCACUUGGAUCAUAUUCCAAGAGCCUGUGGAAAUCUCACAACAACAGAUGGAUGCUUUGAGGAAGCUGAAAUUCCCCGAGGGUCAGUGUAUGAUGGACAACUACAGACCCCCUACCCCGAUCCAUCAGCGAACUGUGAGGGCCUCCUUUACAGGGCCAUAGACCCCUCUCUACUACGUGUGACCUUUCCCACAAUCAGUGCAGACACUAGUAUUGACCUAUUACCUCAGUAUAUGGUCAACUGCUCAGAAAUCCAGUAAAAAACAACACCUCUUUUUUACAUAUGACAGAACUCUUGUUGUUUUGUGGGGAUAUGGAUACCAUUCCUCGAUGGUUUGCCUCAGUCUGUCACCAUUUUUUAUCACCACUAGCCCUGCUCCUACUGAUUGUUAAAAAGAAUCAAGCCAUUUAUUAUGCACAACUUUCUAUUUUGUUUUGGUAUUUACACAGACUUACUGGUAAGCAUUGGUAUUUAGGGUAUAGGGUAUUGAUAUUAAGCUUUGCAAUGUUUUUAAGUUGAUGUUGUUUUUCUCAGUUAGGAAAUACUCCCUCAUAAUUCCUGCUGGGUAUGUUGUAACAAGCACUUUGCAAUAUUUAUCUACUUGCGGGUAUCCUGAUGGUGUGUUUGCACCAAUGGCGUACAAUGAUUUAAUAUGAAUUUCACGGGAAAUACAUUGAUAUUGCAUAAUAGGUUCAUUAUAUUUUUAAGGAUAUCCCUGCUUAGCAUACAUGUUACUUGUUCAUCAAAUCAUUUAUCUUUUAAUAGGACACAUAACCUUUCAUUGAAUUGUUUUUCGAAGUGUGUUUUUGAUAUGCUUUAUUGUGCUAUGUAAUUAUGCUUUAUUGUGUUUUGUAAUUAAAACAAACAAGGUAUAUAUCUAUAUAGAUCCAAGUAAAAGUGUACAUGUCCAAGUGUGUAGAAAUGUCUAAAACAAAUACAUUGUACUUUCUGACUCUCCCACAAAUAUUUUUUAAAGAAAAUUGUAAAAAAGAAUAAAUACAAUAUAAUGCAG